CUGUACCAUUACCUGGUACUAUGACAGGCAGUAUUCGUAGAGGGGCUACAUCUGGUCUCAGACGCAAGCUUAAUAAUGGUUAAAAAUUAUAGGUACUGCGUGCCGACAUGUUCCCCUAUUGAAUACGCGUACAUAAUGGGACAACUUAUCCGUUAUUUCUAUCCGACGAUGUUUGAAGCCUUCAGGAUUUAGGUAUUGAUUAUUGUACAUCGCUAUUGACGACUUAUGGUGUUUUUUUAAAUGGUACAAUUUAACCAUCAAACCCUUUUGAACAAUUUUAUCAUGAUAUGUAAUGAGAAUUCUCUUGUUAUGGACAUUGGCCUACUGGCUAACGUGUCUAGAGAACUCAAAGACCGAAUAUGUGCAGACACUUUUCAAAAGCUCCAAAAACGAACCAACCGAGAGCUGUUCACUGUCGAUUGUGAAGUGGACAGAGUCCUUAGAAAUGAAUCUUACAUAAGAUCAAGACUAUAUUCUGCGAUUGAUGCCUGUCAACUGGAUUACAAACGAAGUAUGAAGAUCAGAAACAUUCUGUGGAAUAAGAAGUUAUUAUCCUCCUUAAAUCAGAAAACACAAAAGCCUCUAGAUGAAAGUUUUAGACUCCGAAAGACGAAGUCAAAGCCCACAUAUGACAGCUUUUGUAAUAGCCAACAUAUGCAGAACUAUCCGUCGAACACGGUUGUUCAGUCGGCUUCACCAAGUCUAACAUCAGACCAACAACUUACAGUGAACAUGAAAAGUGGUCAAAAAUUAAAUACUUCCCGAGAUUUCAAACUAGAGAAAAACGAUUUUUUUUUGAGUAAUUAUAAUACAAGGUAUAAGUCCGAAAGUGUAAUUACUAGGCCCAAAGAGCAAGGAAAUUUUUUAACCCAGUGGCGUUCUGAAUCUGAUCCGUUGAGCUGGAGGGACAUACAAUUUACAACUAUUGAUAGUGAAGCCAGAGGAAAGAGCAGGAACCGAUUAUGUGGAGCAUUUAACGCAACAUCGUUCCAGCUAAUCUAUGCACAAUAAACUUGGUCUUAAUAAAUAACUUUCACAGUGAAACAUGCUUUCUGUUUUAAACGUUAUGAAGCAAAACCCGUUUAUUCUACGAAAGACUGUACCUCGGAAAGAAAUAAUGAAGAAUUAGGCAAAUAUAUGUUUCAGCGACGCGUCAUCUAACCACAUAAAAGAAUUAUACAAAAUGGAUAAUCAUGGUAUUUUAAAAAGCUAGAAAGUAUACUUGAAACCGCAUACACAUUUAUUUUGUGAGAGUAUGGUUCAGCACGUAAAAUUCACAGCUACUAUACUUGAUCUAGUCCUCAUAUCAUUCUUGUUUAACUUCCAGUUAUCCGAGAAUUCCAUUUGCAGUUUCCUAAUUAUAGUAACUUAACUCGACGUUUCUAGUUGCUUUUCACACUAUUUUUAAUAAACGAACGUUGUUAGCAUACAUGUUAUAGAGUUUAAUGUUAAAAACUACUCGAAUUCACAAUUUUUAAAAAUUUAUGAAUGAACUCUGCCAAGAGAUGUUUUCACUCAACCAAUCUGUCUUGUUAUGUGUUUCAACAAGCAUUUUCUUUUUUUAUCUUGCUAUAAAUUAUUAAUUGUCAGGUGGUGGGAUUAUAAUGUAGAAAGUUGGCUAUUGAAAUUCGAACACAAAUCACACGUAAUCACUAUUUUAAAGCU